AAUGCGCCACACAGAGUAUUAUGUAACUGUGAAAACACGCCGCGCAAGUCAGGGAGGGGGCAGCCUGCUGCAAAUGCUCGCAGGCAUGCUUCGGCGACGACAGUGCCUCGACGCAGUAUCGUGCCUCACACUUCUUACACGCAAUCAUGCUGCCCCAGUAGUCGGCCUGGCAACCAGACAUGGCCGCAGCAGGGGCUCCGAGGAGAAACACGCGCUGGGCCGCUGCGUAGUGCCCCACCCAACGGACUCCCUGCUCUUUCCCGUAACAUUUUACACGACCAAUGAGCAGCCGUCCUUCAAGCGGCCGGAGGUCAGAGCAGAUUUAGAGUACGUGGCCUUACAGGAUAUUAUAGCGGACAUUGAAAGCGGUGCUAUCAACCUGGAGCCGGAUUACCAGAGAGGCUUCAUUUGGAGCGCUAAAACCUGCUCCAGCUUUAUUGGGACGGUUUUCCAAGGGGUGGAGACGCCGCCGCUCACGUUCUACAGGCGCGAGGACCCAAAACGCGGGAUGGUGCGGGAUGUGGUGGAUGGCAAGCAGCGGCUCGUGGCGUUGUAUACGUUCAUGACUGGGAACAAGGAGCUAUACCCCAAGGCGCCCACGGUCCUGGACUUAAAGGACGACGACUUGUGCGCUGUCCUGCACAACAAGUCGUUUCUUAAGCUGUCCAGUUCUGACCAGUCGUACAUGAGAAGCGCGGCGCUUCCGGUGCGCACAUUGCCACCCACCGCCAGCCUGGACUACGUGUAUGACGUCUACGAGAGCUUGAACCGCGGCGGCCCGGGCAACAACCCGCAAUACGUUCGGCGGCCGGCUUUCCAUGGCGCCUACAUCCGCAUGCUGUCUCGCCUUGCCCGCAACGAUGCGUUUCAGCAGCUGGCCGAGCUGUCGGAUGCGGAGAAGAGUGAGCAGCUGGGAGAGGAGCUGGUGCUGCGCUUCUUUGCACUUUACCGAGUGGCCGUGCCUGACUACAAGCGGCUGUACAGCAGCAGCAGCAGCAGCAGCAGCAGCAGCUGCAGCUCCAAGCGCCUCCUGAUUGAGGAGCUGCAGGCGCUGGAGCCCGGCAGUGGCGGCAACGUGGUGAUGCAGCUGAGCGAGGCCGCGGAGAAAGACAUGGAGGCGGCGUUCACGGAUGCCGUGGACUUGUGUGCCGACCUUGGUCUCAAGCGCCUGGCGGAGGAAGCGAUGGCGGAGGCAGGCGGCGGCGGCGGACCGGGGCGAUCCUUCCGGCGAGGUAGCGGCGGCGCCACCAACCUGAUGUGGGACGUCACGCUGGUGGGGCUGCGCCUGGCGCUGGACGAAGGGGCGAAGCCGCUGGAGUUCAAGCGGCGCAAGGCGGCUGUGCAGGAUGGCUUCCGGCAGCUGCUCAAAGACCGCCAUUGGGCGGUCACGCCGGCGGUUCUGAGCCAGGAGCGCUUGGUAGAGCGGCUUGGCCUGUUUCGAGAGCGCGUGGUGCAGCCGGGUCAAGUGGUCCGCCUGAAUCAACUGCGGCGGUUGUGGGUGCGCUGCAAACUCGGGAACGGACGGCCGCCUGUGAAGUCCCCGCAAGGGCCGCGCACCUUCUCGGCCGCCGUGCGGCGUGAGCUGUUCAAGCGGCAGCCCGCCCCCACCUGCGGCUGGUGCGGCGAGCCCAUAGUCGACGUCACGGACGCCGAGGUGGACCACGUCGUGCCGUACGCCCAAGGCGGUGCAACAACGCUCGACAACGCGCAGCUGCUGCACGCCCUGUGCAACCGGCAGCGCGGCCAGAAGCCCAUGAGCGCAGCACCGGCUGCGGCGGCACAGGCUGCCGGAGGCGGGGCGGCCGGCGAGGGGCGUGAGGAGGCUGCGGCUGCACAGGCUGCGGCUGCAGCAGAGGCUGCGGCGGCAGAGGCUGCGGCGGCACCGGCUGUGGCGGAAAGGACUGCGGCGGCACCGGCCAAGCUGCUACAGCCUGCGGCGGCACAGGCGGCGGCGGAAAGGGCAGCGGCGGCACAGGCGGUGGCACAGGCGGCGGCGGAAAGGGCAGCGGCACAGGCGGCGGCACAGGCGGCGGCGGAAAGGGCAGCGGCACAGGCGGCGGCACAGGCGGCGGCGGAAAGGGCAGCGGCGGCACAGGCGGCGGCACAGGCGGCGGCGGAAAGGGCUGCGGCGGAAAGGGCAGCGGCGGCACAGGCGGCGGCGGAAAGGGCUGCGGCGGCACAUGCUGCGGUGGCAAGGGCUGCGGCGCCACAGGCUGCAGAGCACGAGGCGUCAGAGUUGAGAAAGGAUGAGAUAGUCAAGGGGAUGGUGCUGCGGCAGGAGCUAAAGGGUACGACAUGGGUGCAGUGGGGGCUGCUGGCGGCGGCGGCGGCGGGCGUGGUGCUGGUACUCGUGGCGCGGUAAUGCAGCUUGGGCCUUGCCGGCGGGACGUAGGUGGUGUGCUGCGCCACAUGAGGUGUUACGCGCGUAGACGAAGGAUGCGGUGAACGAGGGUUGAGUGCGUGCGAGCAUGAGUAUG